AUGAAGCAUUCCAUGAUAUCUGCACCAUCAGCGCCAGGACUUGAUGCUUUCCAAGCAGAGAAAGUGAUGGAAACAUUGCGACAACUUGCACAGGAUGGACAUACCGUAAUUUGUUCAAUACACCAGCCUAGAGGCUCAGUGUAUGCAAAAUUCGACGACAUUGUGCUGCUGACAGAAGGUGCACUUGUGUAUGCUGGUCCUGCACGUGAUGAACCAUUGGCAUACUUCUCAGAAUUUGGGUAUAGUUGCCCGGAUCAUGUGAAUCCUGCUGAAUUUUUGGCUGAUCUAAUAUCUGUUGACUAUAGUUCUGCUGAAAGUGUCUAUUCUUCCCAGAAACGGAUAGAUAGUCUUGUUGAAUCAUUUUCACAACAAACAUCAUCAAUUCUCUAUGCAACUCCCCUUAUCAUAAAGGAAAACUUCAAGGACAAUGUGAAACAAAGGAAGAAAACAAUGGUCAAAAGAAAAGGUGGUUGGUGGAGGCAGUUCUGGCUUCUCCUUAAGCGUGCAUGGAUGCAGGCUUCUCGUGAUUGGCCAACCAACAAAGUUCGAGCAAAUAUGUCAAUUGCAUCAGCUAUAAUAUUUGGGUCUGUAUUCUGGAGAAUCGGAAAAUCUCAGACAUCAAUACAGGAUAGAAUGGGUUUGCUUCAGGUUGCUGCUAUAAAUACGGCAAUGGCGGCACUCACCAAGACUGUAGGUGUUUUUCCCAAGGAACGUGCUAUUGUAGAUAGGGAACGUGCCAAAGGGUCUUAUGUCUUAGGACCAUACUUGCUUUCUAAGCUGAUAGCUGAGAUUCCUGUUGGAGCAGCAUUUCCAUUGCUGUUUGGUACCAUUCUGUACCCCAUGGCUCGUCUUCAUCCUACUUUGUCUAGGUUCGGGAAGUUCUGUGGAGUUGUGACUGUGGAAUCCUUUGCAGCAUCUGCUAUGGGCCUGACUGUUGGGGCAAUGGUUCCAACCACUGAAGCAGCGAUGGCCGUAGGGCCAUCUCUUAUGACAGUUUUUAUUGUAUUUGGGGGCUAUUAUGUGAAUUCAGAGAACACACCAAUUAUCUUUCGCUGGAUUCCUCGUGUUUCUCUUAUCAGAUGGGCAUUUCAAGGGCUUUGCAUCAAUGAAUUUAGUGGCCUCCAAUUUGAUCAUCAGCAUUCAUUUGAUAUACAAACUGGAGAACAGGCACUUGAGCGGCUCUCUUUUGGUGGCAGUCGCAUUAGAGAUACAGUAAUGUCUCAAAGUAGAAUAUUAUUGUUCUGGUAUUGCACUACCUACCUUCUCCUCCAGAAAAACAAGCCCAAGUACCAGAGGCUUGAGCUGCCACCUCUUGAUCAAAUCCAGAAACUGAAAACACUUGAGCCACUUGGAAGUGAUCCAGUGGAAACAUGCCAGCAACUUGAACCUCCUCUUAUAGACCAAGGUAAACCCAAGCAGCAGCUUGAAUCUCCUACCCCUGAGCAACUUAAUCUGUUUAACCUAGACGGUUUGUAA